CGUAGGCCUGGCUUUUCUUCCUCUAUGAAUGCUUGGUGCCAAUCCGAAAUGACAGAAACAUCAACAAAGUGUCUGCGUCCGAAGUGGGCCCCUUCGUGGAACCACUGAUGCACUACGACUUGCCCCAGAACUACCCGGGCAUCGCAGAUGUCGUAAUCGGAUCCCGUCUCAUGAUUUUGAAACCCAAAACCAAUUAUGCACAUGUACAACCGACGGUUUACGACUUCAAAGAUCUACGACCUUGCAAACUUCCGCUUAUACCUGCUGAGUAUCGCCAGUAUCCCAGCUUUUACCACGCGGAAUAUAUUAUGACCAGGUCCUACGUCCUGAUUUUCUACACUUUCGCGAAACCGCAUCGCACGCUUGAAACUGUCAUUUUCGCAUGCCCAACUACUCCUGUCGUCACUCAGAAUAAUUGCAAUGGCAACGAGUCGGUUUUGCAGAUAUCACAUUCCGUAGUGGUCGACAGCCUCGUCCUAGCAAAUAUUCGCGUCAUGUACGAUGACACAUGCAAAGAAUCCGGAACCACUCGGAUCACCCUAGUGGGGAAGAAAGUUACUAAUUGCCGCGCUGCUGAUGCAGGACUGAUGGCAUUACGACUCACCCUGCAUCCCGUGAUUUCUGACCAAGGUUCCAUCGGCCCCAUUAAUUACGAAUGCACCGAUUUUGGGAUCAUACCUGGUAGAGAUGGGAUAUGGCUGGAGAUGGGACCAGAUGAGUGCGGGAGGGGAGUCUACAACACGCCCUCUGGCCACAUCGUGCUAUUCUCUAUCGAUGCAGAAGAUGAUGGCACCCUUCGAUGGCACAAGUCGGAAGAGUUGACUUGGCGCACGGGCCUUAUCAGGCACUCGGCCAUGGCAUUUGAUGGGUAUCGCGGAAUGUUAUGUGUGAAGACUAUAAAUACCGCACGGAAUGUCGAGCUAGAAGUAUGGACGAUUGCGAGAAGGUCUGUGUCGUGACUAGUUGUAGUCGAAGUACUAUAUUUCCUUGUAAAUUUUCUUAUGUUGUACAGCAGGCCAACUCAGCAUUCAAAGCAUACAAAUGUUGAAAUGUCUUUCUACAGCCUAAGCUACAACACAGCACGUA